UGCAAACAUGGCUUUGCUGUAAACUUCCGGUUUGGGGAAAGAAGGAAAAUGAAUACUCACUGGGGCGAGAUUCCGUCUGUCCCAGAGGCUGACUCUGGAAUAAUAGCCUUAGAAAGAGAGCAGAUGACCAAACCAAGAUCAAUGGAAGUUGAAGGGCCGAGACUUCAUCAACCAUCAAGUCGACAUUAUCCCCCAUCGAACGACCCCCUACCUGCAGACCACUUCCAAAUGGACCCUGUAACACUUCACACAAUACAGCUGAUACACCAUGCAAAGAAGAUGCGGCCCCUCAUCCACAGUGUCCAACAACAACAAAUAGAAAAUAAGAACAGUGAAGGGGACAUUACAUUUCCGACAGCACCAUCCAUCCCAGAGUUUGAAGGACCUGAACAAAAACAUCAGCUUCAAAAACCAAUUCCCUUCAUGGCGAGGGACUUCAACAGUGACUUUGCCCAAGGUAAGGGACAGCCCCCUCCCAGGAUAGAUGAGGUGACAAACAGGAAGUUGCUCCGACGCUCUGUGGCUGCCCUCUGUGCACAUGUUGGAUUUGAUACCUGUCCUGAGUCUGUGUUGGAGACAUUGACUGACAUCCUGAACGAGUAUUACCUCCAGAUGACAAAACACCUGCGUGCAGCUGCAGACACAGCUGCACUCAACCAGUAUGGGGGAUUCCCUGAUAUAGUCGAGCAGGUGUUCCAUGAGAUGAGCAUUGGAAGCGUGACUUCGCUACACGACUUCUACCAGACACGGGUCAUCGCACACCAUCAGAACAUGCAGGACACAUGUCGCGGGCUGUUGGCGGAAUAUGAGAAGCUCAAACAAAAGUCAAAGGAUUCCCAGCCAGACACUUUCCAUGUCAUCAGAAUCAAGGAUGAGCCGUGUGCUGAAAUCCAGUUUCCCACGCUCGAUGAGAAUGAUGAGGUGAACGAAGCUGAGCAGCUGCUGCAGCUGGAAGGAUUUGCUGCUGGGUUUGCCAUCACUGUGGAGCAGGAGACGGCGGAGGGGCUGACGACAGAGGUGGAGUCCAAGUGGUCACAGGCCAUGGCGGGAAAAUCAGAUCCUAAUGAUGCCAAAGUGAAGACCGAGGAUGGGUACGAGGAAGUUGGGAGUGUAUCGGAGACUGUGACAGACCAGCUGAGUGAUGACAACGACCCUGGCUCCAUCCCUGUGUCGGACAUUCUGUCACCACCCUCCAUCACCAGCAAACCAAGCAAGCCCAAGAAGAGGAAGAGAUGAGGAAAAAGGAGACUGACAAGAUAGCUGAUAGAAAGAAAGCAUGGUUGAAGUGACAUGGACCAUAACACAGACAGCAGCGUCUCCAUCACCCCGAGCACGGAGUCGGACAUCAGUGUGGUGCUUCAUCAGCUCAGAUACAGGACAUGGAUGUGUCAGUGGGUGUACAGGGUUAUCUCCCUUGUGUCACUGACCACCUGAGGAAUGAAUUGAUGGUUGCGACUGUGUGUGUCAGGACAACAUGAAGUGUGACAGAUAUGUGUUGACAUUGAAGUGAAAGGUUCCAUUGGAAGGAUAUUGAUCAUUUCCACAGACUUCUGGAAAGUAGAACUUUGGUCUAUAUUGAUAUAUAUAUUUAUAUAUAAAGAGGUGUUUGUCCUAGGUUUUGACUUUGUUAAGCAAAGAGAGUAUGAUACCGUAUGUGAAAACUGCGUGUGACAACUAUGUGAAUAAGAAAAGUUUGAUACGUUUUUGUCUGUGAGAAAAGACUUUGCCAGGACCAGAAUACCAUGAUCAAAAUAUAAGCCAUGAUAGACUACUCAGAGUCUGGUAGCAAUGCUGUAACCAUGGUUACUGGUCAGCACUUUUGAUAUAAGAAAGUGUGAGUGAGUUUAUGUAGGUUCAUUUUGCUCAAUGAACGAAAUAUUAACUUAAGAAAAGAUAUGGAUCUGCCCUUGUGAACGGACUGACUGUUUCACAAAACCUCCUUCACAGAAAAAACAAAGUUAUCAUCGUCAUUGCCCAUCUCGCCAUGUUAUUGCAUCUGUUCUGUUUCCAUCAAGUAUCCUAUGCAUAGCAAUAACAAAGUAACAAUACUAUAAAAGUAAAACAUGCAGACAAAACGAAGGGAGGUAACUCAAUUUUUCAUUAACUACAUUUUGUUGUAUGCAGCAACUGCUAUUAAACAGGUACCGGACAUUA